AUAUGAUAAGAGUUAUCUGAAUUUCCGGCUGAUACCACGGACCGAGAUAUUAUAACCACUGAUAUAUCAAUUUAUGAUUAUAACUGUUGAAUGGUACCGUAAACAUUCUCGUUGGCAAAUGUAUAAUACGAGUGACAGUGACAAGAAAAUAAUUAAUUCCAUUCCAUAAUCCGUUACGGGAUUGAUACGUAGUCAUCGCCGUGCUGCAUACGCUAAAAGAAAGUUCGCUUGCCGGAGAAGUUGGAUCAAUCGAUCACAGUCACGUACAAUUUCAAACUGUUAGCUCCAUUUGAAAUAAUCAUUUAUUUUCGACACGUACUAACCUCCACUAGUUCAUUGUCUGGUGACCGAAAUGCGUACCAAUUGCUGGACCGGCGUCGUCAAAGUCUUUGCAAAAAAUUUCUAUACCUCCGGGAACAGAUUGAAAGCCAAAGUAAUAGACGGAAAAAGUAUAGCUAGUACUAUAUUAAAUGAACUACGCGUUGAGACUCAAGAAUGGGUUUCCCAAGGGCAUCGUGCACCCCGAUUAGUAGCAGUAUUAGUUGGACAAGAUCCGGCUAGUAAAAUUUAUGUUUCAAACAAAAUGAAAGCUGCUAAAGUUGUUGGUAUUGAAACAGAAACAAUAAAAUUUGACGAAUCAACAAAUGAAAAUGAACUCCUUGCAUGUAUUAAGCGUUUAAAUUUUGACCAAAAUGUUGAUGGAAUUCUAGUCCAGUUACCACUUCCUGAACACAUUACCGAACGAACAAUGUGUAAUGCCGUUGCACCACACAAGGAUGUUGAUGGUUUCAACAUUGUUAAUAUUGGAAGAUUUUGCUUAGACAUGCAAUGUUUAGGCCCAUGCACACCAUUGGGUGUUCAUGAGUUAAUUAGACGAACUGGAAUACCUACAUUAGGUAAAAAUGCAGUAGUUUGUGGAAGAUCUAAAAAUGUUGGUAUGCCUAUUGCUAUGCUGCUUCAUGCAGAUAAUGCAGGGGAGACAUCUGCUAUGGAUGCAACUACUACAAUAUGUCACCGAUAUACACCACCAGAACAGCUAAAAGUAUUCACAAAAAAUGCUGAUAUAAUUGUAUCUGCAGCCGGAGUUCCAAAUUUGAUUCAAGCUGAUAUGAUUAAACCAGGAGCUGCUAUCAUUGAUGUAGGAAUAACUAGAGUUAUCGAUCCACGAACAUCCAAAUCAUGUCUUGUUGGAGAUGUUGAUUUUGAGAAAGUUAGUGAAAUUGCUGAGUACAUAACACCAGUACCUGGAGGAGUUGGACCAAUGACAGUAGCAAUGUUAAUGCGAAACACUAUUGUUGCAGCUAAAAAAUCUGUUAUCUAUAAUAUACUUGAUCCUGGUGCUGUAAUUCACAAAAAAGCAUCACAAAUAAAUCCCUGAAGCUGAACAUCAGGCUGAAA